UAAUGAACAAAGAAAUAGUCAAAUAGUAUACUAUUUCUACUAUUAAUAUCUAAUGAAUGAUAUGAUAGUCACACGUCUUAUUGAAAGUGUGUUGAGUUUGUAGUUAUUUUUGAGUUAGUGUUUGAUCCGAUCGGUGAUCAACUGGUGAUUGACAAUUGUUGGACACAUUUAGGUGAUUGUAAGAGACAAAUAUGGUGUCCAUACUGGCACAGGUGGACACAUCACACGAUGAUAUGAUCCACGAUUCACAGAUGGACUAUUAUGGCACACGACUGGCCACGUGUUCAUCCGAUCACACGGUUAAAGUGUUUGAAAUAGUUAACGGUCAACAACGGCUGUUGGCCACAUUGGUUGGUCACGAGGGACCCGUUUGGCAGUUAGGAUGGGCUCAUCCCAAGUUUGCCAAUUUGUUGGCCUCUUGUAGUUAUGACAAACGGGUGAUUAUCUGGAAGGAGGUGUCACCCAAUCAAUGGGACAAAGUCUAUGAACACAUUACUCACGACUCCAGUGUUAACUCUGUCUGUUGGUCGCCACCAGAGUUUGGCCUUAUGCUGGUCUGUGGCUCCUCUGACGGCGCCAUUUCUGUCCUCACGAGUCAAGGUGACAGUAAUUGGGACUCAAAGAAGAUAACGAAUGCUCAUUCUGUUGGUUGUAAUGCCGUGAGUUGGGCGCCGGCCAUACCAUUGUUGGGCAAUAAUAGCGAUACAAUGAAUAGACAAAUAGUCAAGAGGUUUGUGUCCGGAGGUUGUGAUAAUUUAGUCAAAAUUUGGAAGUACGACGAAAACGACGAAAAGUGGAUCGAAGAGCAACGUCUAGAAUCACACACCGAUUGGGUUCGGGACGUGGCCUGGGCUCCCAGUGUAGGCCUACCCAAGAGCUAUAUUGCCAGCUGUUCUCAAGACAGACGUGUAAUAAUAUGGAUUAAUACGAUGGACUCACCUAACAGUUCUAACUGGAGUUAUAAAGUAUUGAACACAUUUGAUGACGUUGUUUGGCACGUGAGUUGGUCUGUUAUGGGUAACAUACUCGCCGUUUCCGGUGGAGAUAACAAAGUUAGUCUUUGGAAAGAAAAUUUUGACGGCAACUGGAUUUGUAUCAGUGAUAUGACUGGCAAUAAAGGCUAACUCAAGAGCACUGGUAUAUCAUCAUCGCUUUAAUUUUAAUUCAUAUAUAUAUAUAUAUUGAUAACGCAUUGUAUCAAUAAUUGUUAAUAAAUUCAAUUCAAAGACAAUUGUGUUCAUCAAUAGAUAUCACGUACUCUAUAUACUGUAUAAUGUAUUUAAUAAUAAACAU